AUGUCGCAACCGAGGGUGGAAGCGGCCACGCCUGGGGGCGGUCGCAGCACCCCGUCCUCAGAAAAGGACCUGUCCUUCGCGGUUGACCCUGCAGCACGCGGCCAAGAGGUCUCAGUCAAGCAUCUGACCAAAACAAAGCCAGAUGCUGCAAGGCUCUGGGAGGUCCGAGUUUCCCAGCUUACCCUCCGCUUGGUAGCGCACCCUCGCACGAUCUGCCCGGGAGCCCGACCACAUCUGAACACAUCUGAACUCGGGCAUUGGGGCAAGCUAUGGCAAGAUCCAAUCCAGGCUGCUUCAGCUUGCCCAGGCCAAGGCGAAGGUGCGCCGGGUAACUUGGUAGCUCUGGGGCAGCGGCAACUUUGUCUUGUCUUGUCUGCACAGGUGAAGCACCUCGAGUUGCAGCUCGAGGACUGCGAGCAGCGCUGGCAACGACGCUUCGAGGACGCAAAGCGCCAGGAGGAUGCGGGCCAUGCACGCAUGGAGUUGCAGUGCCGGUACCUGGAAGCCGAGCUCGAUCGAUGCAAGGAAGUGCAUGCCAGCGAGAUGCGGCACUUCCAAGAGCAGAAGCGACUUCUUGUCCAAAGUCAUACGACAGAAGUUGAGGAUGCGCGGCGCGAAGAGCGGCGGAAGGCUCAAGCCGAGAUCGAGAAGGUGAAGUCCGACUGCAGACUCGAGUUGGAGGAGCAGCAGCGAAAGCACGAGCGGUCAGUUUCCAUCGUGAAACAGCAGUCCGACAUCGAGGCAGAGAGCCUCCGCCGGGCUCAUACGGGAGAGCAUCACCUCACCAAGCUUGUGGAGCAGGUGCAGGGCUCCGUGGCCGAAGUGGAGCGACUUAGCAAGCGCGUAGAUACUGACAAAAGCCUGGAGUGGUCGGUUCGCGAGCGGCAGUUAGAAGCAAGAGAGAAGAAUGCUCGUGAGUUGGAGGCGCAGCUCACUCGGCAAAGCAAAGAGGUAGAACAGCAACGGCGACGUUUGCCCUGGCCUGAGGUGCUGCGUGGCGACACAUACUAG